GAAGGGAAGGAUGUUGCGGAAAUGUUUGUGGGGGGAGAGGGUCGAGGGACGCGUGUCCGGUGUGAGGAUCAGAUUCAGGAUCCACAGAGCCCAGUUUUCUCCUUUGCCCUCCGGGCUUCGCUGUGUCUCAGGGAAACCCCUCCGAGGACAGCGUAGAUGCUCCGACAUUUUAUCAUGUUCUUUCCCCUCUCAAAGUUCUCGAACCUGAAAGCAAUUAUUCUUUAACAGACUGAAAAUGAAUGAAAAUAAAGAUACUGAUUCAAAAGAAAGUGGCGAAUAUGAAGAUGACUUUGAAAAAGACCUCGAAUGGUUAAUUAAUGAAAAAGAAAUUGAUGCCAGCAUAAUAGAGAUGGCUUAUGAGAAGGAAGAGAAUAUUAAUCAGCAAUUAAAAGAAGAUGAAACAGAAAUAGAACACAUGAAACAGCUUUCUGAAUUUCAUAAAUCUUUGAAGGAUGAAGUUUCAUCAAGAAGAAAUAACAUCAUUUCUGUACCAAGUAUUCAGUCUUUGGAUCGCAUAUCAGAUUCAGAUAGUGAUAACUCUUUUCAGGAAUCCAAACUAGAAAGUCAGAAAGACCUGGAGGAGGAAGAAGAUGAGGAAGUAAGCAGAUAUAUUAAGGAAAAAAUUAUACAAGCUAACAAGCUUCUACAGACCCAAGAACCUGUGGAUGAUAAAAGGGAGCGAAAACUUAAGUUCAAGGAAAAAUUAGUCGAUCUGGAGGUUCCUCCACUGGAAGACAAUGAUACGUACAAAAAUUAUUUUGAAAAUGAAAAUAAUAUGUCUGGAAAACUGUCACAGUUAUGUAUUUCCAGUGAGUUAGGACAAGAAAAUGUACUCCUGUCACUUACUGAUGGAUGCCUAGAAGAAAACAAGGAUAUGAAGAUACUGGUAGAGAGAGAUGGAAAGUUUGAGCUUGUGAAUUUACAAGACAUUGAAAGCCAGGGGUCUUUGCCCACCAUCAGUAAUGCUAACAGUACAGAAAAUGAACCUCAGCAGUUGUUACUCAAAUCAUCCAACUCAUCUGUCAGUGGUGUCAAGAAAGAAGAGCCUACUGCAAAGAUUCACAUUACUCAGUCAUCAACAGGAGAGCCAGUGGGGUACAUCCCUCAGCCACCACCCAACCCCAAGACUCAUCCACGCUCUGCUGCCGCCCCAGAUCAAAGUAAAGGAAAUGGGAAAUCUCAUCAUCAGACACAGUCUGCUAAUAUGUCACCAGUGACCUCAACAUACUAUCUUUCCCUUCAACAGAAAGAACUCCAGAAACAGCUAGAAAAGAAGAGAGAAAAGCUUAAGAGAGAGGAAGAACAACGAAAAAUAGAAGAAGACAAACAAAAGAAAAAAGAGAAUGACAUGGUUUUCAAAGCUUGGUUGCAAAAAAAAAGAGAGAAAGUUAUAGAAAUGAGGAGAAUCCAGCGAGCUAAGCAAAUUGAGGACAUGAACAGCAGACAAGAAGACAGAGAUCCACAAGAAGCUUUUCGAUUAUGGCUAAAGAAAAAACAUGAAGAGCAGAUGAAAGAAAGAAAGACAGAAGAACUGAGAAAGCAAGAGGAAUGCUUAUUUUUCCUCAAAGGAACAGAAGGCCGGGAAAAGGCUUUUAAACAAUGGUUAAGAAGGAAACGAAUAGAAAAAAUUGCCGAGCAACAAGCUGCCGAAGAGAGGGCUAGACAGCUCCGAUUAGAAGCAAGACGUUCGAAACACUUACAGAACCACCUGUGGAAUAUAUCAGAAGCCAGAUCCUUUCGUUUUACUGAUUAUUAUAACUGAAAGUAUCUAUUAAACAUCUGGCAGCUACUAUUACCAAAAUCUUGAAUAUCAUUUUUAUGGAUCCUGUGUCUUGGUAAUACUCUAAAUUUUGAAAAUAGUAUUUAUCUUUUGGCAACACUUGACUUUUUUUCACACAAUAACAAAAUAAAAUCUUUCAGUUUUGGAAUGUGCUAUGCCAUCUCUUAGUCUGUGCAAAAAACUAAGAAUUGAAUUUUUAUGUUAUUCUACUUCUAAAGUAUUUUUUAUACCUACCUAAGGUAGACACAAGAACGGGAUAGAGUCCUAGACAUUUUUCUACUAUUAUUUACAAAAAUCGCAAUAGAACAUUUUAUAAAGCACAUUAAUUCCUUUUUUCCCCCAU